GUUUGAAACUGGGGUCUGUAGUACUUGAUCUGUUAUAUUUCAGUGACGAUUUUGUGAAAAAUGUCCAAUUUUGCCAAUCUUAUGAUCACCACAAAUGCAUCAAAAUUAAGAUCUGAAAAACGUUAUCCGCUUGAUAUAACUUUGGGUCAAUUGAAGGAGAAGCUAGUUUUAAUUACAGGUUGCGAUAACCGUACAAUGAAAGUAGAGUUGUUUGAUAAUGAGGAUAGAUCCUUGGGUCAAUUAGUUGGUGAUGAUAAACCACUUUAUGAUUUCGGGAUUGAAAAUGGGAUGCACAUUCAUGUAGCAGAUCCUACGAUACAAGAUGGAGCAUACGAUCAAGUUGAGGAACCGGUUGAAACUUACCAAAUAUCCGCUGAGGAGUAUGCAAAACGUGAGGAAUCAGUAUUGGCAUGGAAACGGCGUAACAAAAUUGGGCAAUUUCGAGACGUUGAUCCUGAAGAAAAGAAACGGAUAGAAGAACAACGUCAAUUGGCUGAAUUUCACGAAAAACAAAAUGCUGAAUCAUUAUCUAUAGGUUCCCGGUGUGAAGUUCGAAUUCCUGGUCAGCCGACAAAGCGAGGUGUAAUAGAAUUCGUUGAAUCCAAUUUCCCAACUAUUCCUAUUCUGAUGAUAUCCAUCCGUUUGUCAAGUACACGUUUAUGUACUUAAUUUCCAGAGGAUUAGUAGUAUCACCUCAAUUAGCUGAAAGUUGAGUCCUUUAACUACUAAGUUUUCACUCUCCGCUUGCACUAUCAAGUGUAAUAUCAUACUUUAGACUGUUUAAGGUAUAGUAACGACUGACUAGUAGAGAUAACAAGCUUCCUCUGAGUAAAGAACAUAUUUACGUACCUAAAUGUAAAGGUAUUUAACUUCAAAUUGUGAAUAAGUAAAAAUAAGUUGAGGGUCAAAGUAAUUAUAUCCGUCAUUUCCCACUGAUAAUCGGUCAUCCUGACGGGUCAAACACUCCGAUGAUAGUUUCUAACGUGAUUUUGCGAAAAAUACUUUGGCAGUUAUAGACAAAGAUAUUGAGCUUCAACUAUUAAUGUGUUUUGAGCAUCUAUUUUUCGGCAUCUACCAUUUACGCUAUUUAUUAUCAUGUGUAAAUAAUUGUAACAGGAUUCAUCUUUUAAAUUAAGUAUUUAGAAUUUUAAAAACCGAACAAACGAUAGAUGUGAAAUGCUUCAAAAUAUAUGCCUAACGCCAAGCGAUUCCAUUUUGCUCUUUAAAUCCAUAACUUUUCUUUUCUAGAAUUACGCAAGAUCCUAGUGUUAAGUUGAUCUUGAAAACAAUUCAAGACCUUCCUGAAUAAACUUGGUUUUCAAUCAUAGUAGAAAUAAUUCCAUAAAAAAUAUUUAAUAACAACUAUUUAGAUUAUAGGAAACAUUUUAUUUAUUUAUUUAAACACAUAAACAUUGGUACAAGGAAGCACCGAU